AUGUUCACCACCCAGAAACGCAGAAAGACAAACAGAAAGAACGUCUACAGCCACCGCACACGAGAGUUUGUCCACGGCUACAUCGACGAGAAGCAGCCGACGCUGGCACUUGAAGUUUUCAACAGUUUUACCCAGACCCACUAUGUCCCUCCACCGCAAGAUGUACAAUUCGUCCUCUACCUCAUCACCUCCCCCUCCGAGUUCCCCUCCGUCCCCCCUUCCCUCCCCUUCCACGCCCUCGACCGCCUCCUCCACACGCACAACCCCCUCGACUUUGCCACCUCCAUCCCAUCCUCCUCCUCCGCCAUCCUCCCCGCAAACACCAAAACCGAAUUCCGCGAUGCCCUUCCAGCGUACUUGCGGUGGGACUAUGAUCGAGGGGGGAUGGAUAAGGCGAUUUGGAAGAGGAUGAGGCGGUGUAGGGAUGAGGGGCUUUGGGAGUUGAUGUAUGAGGAGCCUGAGGAGGGGAGGGGGAGGGGGAGGGGGAGGGGGCAGACGUCGCCGUUGACGACGCCGUCUUCACUGAGGGAUGGGGAAGAUGAUGAAGAGUCUCCCGCGACUCACCGCCGGCUUUCGAUGCCAGGUUGGCGUCUGCUCCAGUGGUUCGUUGCAGUGUGCGAGAAAGAUACAGCUCUCCACGUACCUAGGGGUGUAUCCUACUCGCCAGUAUUUCUGCGCCAGAUCAAGAAACCAUACGAUUCCACGGGCCAGAUGCAGCGCAGCGAGGCGGAUCACAUCAUGGGUAUCUUGCAUGAAGCGUUUGAGAUUGAGGAUGAAGAGACGGAGACGGAGACGGACUUUGAGAGUCUGCCGGAGGAGGAGGAGGAUGAUGAUGAUGGUGUUGAGAAGAGCGAAAAGGAGCUAGAGAAGAUGGAGGUGGAAGCGGCCAUGAGGGCGAAACGGGCAAGGGAGCGUUAUGAGAGGUAUCGCGAGAUGAUACUAUCUGGCUUGCACAAGCAAGAGCUCGCCAUACGCCUUCUCAGCCUGCUCGUGGCAACCGCCACCAACCUCUCCGCCAUCCCAACCCCAGAACCCACCAACCCCUCCCGCGACUCCUCCCCAACCCCCUCCGACAGCGCCGAACGCUCCGCCCCCCUCACACCACCCACCUCCUCCCCCUCCCGCAGCCUCAGCCUCACCCCCGCCCCUCCUCCCCCCUCCAAAGCCCCUUUCCACACCGACACCCUCUCAUUCCACAUCAUCCACCUCUCCUCUUCCCUCUCUUCGCCCCGUGCAAGGGAGAAGAUGCUACAAGGGUGGCAAGGCGCGGAAGGGGUGGAGUGGGGGCCGAAGAGCCACUUGUGUGCUUUGUGGGUUGAACAUUGGGCGGGGGUUGGGAAGGUGAAGGCGGAUGAGAGGAGGAGGGGGAAGGGGAAGAAGAAUGUGGGUAAGGCGGUGGAGUGGAAGAAGGGGUGGUGUGGGAUGUCGGCGCCGACGGCGGGAUACUUGUUGGAAUUACUCGGCAUGUCUGCGUCGGGUAAAGAUCUUGCGACGCAGCAGAUUCUUUUACAAUCAAAGCUUGCUUUGGUAUCAGUGUUGAAUGAGAAUAAGACGGUGUAUUUGGAGAACGAGGAUAGGGUAGUGAUCAGUCGUCAGUGGCAGAAGGUCAAGGGCAAGGUCGGAAAGAGUCUAGAGAUAGGAGGCAAGGGUAUUGACGCUACUGCCGUCAAGAGUCUGCAUAGAGUCGGGCAAUUUGUGAUACACGCCGUCGACAGUCUCUUCAUGUAA